AACAAUCACUUAAACGGCAUCUUGAUACUAAAGAUCAUCAAAAAACUUUAAAAGCACGACCUAAAAUACAAUUAAGCAUAGUUGCUAGUUUUACAAAACAACUUGGAAUUGACAAACUUCAUCAAAUUCAAAAUUCUCAAGAAUUAUGUAUACCGUCAAAUAUUAAUAUUUUAAAACUUCCUUCAGCAUUACAAAACACAAAUUCAACAAGAAGUAAUUAUGGUUCUUAUAAUAAUAAUCAUGCUGGAAGAGAUUUUAUUGAUGCAAUUGGCAAAGUAAUUGAGGAAGAAGUUUGUUAUAAGAUCCGUAAAUCAUCUGUGUGGAGCUUAAUGAUUGAUGAAAGUAAUACUAUUACAAAAGAAAAGACUUUGGCCAUUGUAUCAAAACAUGUUAUUUUUAAUAUGCCAGUAUAUCGAUUUAUUAGAUUAAUUGAACUAAAAGAUUGUAGUGCUAAUGGAAUUAUGAAAGAAUUAAAUGAAUUUUUUAAAAUUAAAAAUCUUUCAGUUUUAACAUUAGGCCAGUUUGGUAGUGACGAAACAUCAGUUAUGUUAG